GGAAGAAAUGCAAGAUGGCUCCAAGUAAUAAUGAUGCCGUCCAAGUUGGUCAGAGGUGACAAGACGCGGCAGAGUGGACGCAUGCCCGUGCGGGACAAAACGUACAGACGUGUGGACAGUGGCUAUGUAUAAUCGUCCUCUUUUUUAAAAAAAAAGUGAAAAAUGGAGAAAAAUUUACAGCCACCGGUGCAUGGCUUCUGGAAACUACUGCUGGACCUGGCCUGGAUGUGUGCACGGCAUCCAACACUGAACCCACGGCACAUAAAAUUGCUCUCGUUUCAGACGCAAAACAGUAAUUCUUGACAAUUUUGCUGGUUCUAGAGCAACACACAGCAAGGUGGGACAAUGGCCGGAAAGCGACUCCACACAUAUCUUGGAGGGAAAUCUCCCUCUCUAUAUCUUCUCCACGCCCCCCUCUCCCCCCCUAAUUAAAAAUUGGAGCACCACCACUCUCUGCUCCUACGGCUAAGCCAAGCAAGCGCGAAAGCUGAGCAGAUCAGAUCAGGUGGAGCUGAGACAGAGAUCCGACCCGGUGCACCAGGCCGCACACAUGCCCCACCUCGCAGCGUCCCCCGCGUCCGCGUUCGCCGUCGCCGGGUUCCGGCCCCCACCCCGCGCGCCGACGCGGGCGCGGGCGUCUGCCACGGCCGGAGGAGCCGCGCGCACGGCCACGGCGGUGCAGCAGCAGACGCAGCAGCCGACGUUCUACGACCUGCUGGGGAUCUCGCCGGAGGGGAGCACCUUCGAGGACGUGCGGGCGGCGUACCGGCGGAUGGCGCGCAAGUACCACCCGGACGUGUCCCCGCCGGACGCCACCAAGGAGCACACGCGCCGCUUCAUCCAGGUGCAGGAGGCCUACGAGACGCUCUCCGACCCCAGCCGCCGCACCAGCUACGACCGCGCCCUCGCCCGCGGCGUCUGCCGCCUCGCCUUCUCCCCCGCCGCGCGCCGCCACGACGCCUCCGCCUUCUACCACCAGGAGCAGGAAGAGAGGUCUGGAUGGAGGACGUCCUGGGAAGGCCAAAUAUCCGAGCUGAAGAAGCGGAGCACGGUGAAGGACGCAGAAGAGAACCUAUCCUGGGGAGCUCAGAUGCGAAGAAGGGCUGAACAAUUGUGACAGUGCUCCUCGGACACUCUUAUGUCCACUAGCCAUCCGUAGCAUCUAAACUGUCUAUAUCUUUGAGUAGCAGAAGUUAGAAAGGUUAUGCUUAAGAAGCAUGGUUAGGAUCGGAGUUACAGCCAUGGCGCUGCUCGAGCCUUGCCUGGUGUAUGUUAAACCAUACUACCAUACAUAGCUCACAGCAAACAUAUAGUUCGAAUAGGUGCCAGGAUGUAUGUCGAACCCAACGAUGUCGCUCCUCCUUGGAUCUUACCUGAUGAAAUGUAAAUAUAAUGAGACAGAAAAUAAUCGAAGCUAGUUGUAUUUUGAGUCCA